AUGGUGGAGAUGAACUCUUCGAGUAUUAUGUGCAUCAAGUGCCUACUAUUUUUCAUCAACUUACUUCUCAUGUUGGCCGGUGCAAUGGUGGCUUUCAUGGGCAUGGGCCUCUACGAUUUGCACGACACCUCGCCGUACUUUUUCGACUUUACCCAUAAAUUGCCAGCCUUUUUCACCAUCGGCUUCGGAGUAUUCAUCUUCAUCGUAGCCAUUAUUGGCUUCUUCGGCGUGUUCAAAGACAGCACUCGGAUUAUGAAGGCCUUUGUGUUGUCCCUCGCAGCGGCGGUACUUCUUGGAUUUUCGGCAUCACUGGUUACUUUCGUUUUCCACGACGAAAUAGCCGAUAUAAUAGGCGACAAAAUCACUAACGGCAUGCCCCGGUACGAAAAUAGCACAGAUGUCAAAAAUGCCUUCGACUCCUUACACAACAACUUGCAGUGUUGCGGAUACAGGGGACCGGCUGACUGGGGAAACAUAUUGACGAACGGAAGCUCUCCGUACGAACCGCCAAAAUCUUGCUGCGCUACGUUUGAGACCUUUUACGUGAAGUUGUCCAACGAGCUCGAAUGCAAAGAAUUUUAUCUGACAGGCUGUGGCAAAAAAACGGCUCAUCUGAUAUACACUAUUGUCCUUGUGUCGCUUGUCGUAGAAUCUGUGCUUGUUUCCAUUAAGACUAUCGGAAUAAUAUUGGGUUGCGCGCUGUGGCAUAACAUUAGGAUGCAAAAGUGGAAACGAGACGAGGGACGAAGGUGUCGGCUAGAAAAAUCGACAAACACCUACAAACCUUUGGACAAAGCGGAGCCCAUUGAUACUUUUUCGAUCGUUUACAUGAAGAACAACGGAGUUUACCACGAAACGACUGAUUCGAUCUAA